CUCUGCAGCACUUCAGCGAGAGCAUCCAGGAGUACCUGGCGAACUUGGACAAGGCCCCGGACCCCACGGUCAGGAAGGACACCUUCUCCAACGAGAUCUUCAGUGCAUACGAAGUGCUCUUCAACAGCUGGCUGCAGCACCGGGAAGCCAAGCUCAGACUGGCCGUGGUGGAGGCUAUGGGACCUAUGAGUUACCUGAUGCCUGGUGAAAAGCUGGAGGAGCAGCUCCCUAAGCUCAUCCCAGGCAUCCUCGCGCUCUACAAGAAGCACACGGAGGCCUUCUACAUAUCCAAGAGCCUCUGCCAGAUCCUGGAAGCUUGCCUUGACGUCCAGCUGGACUCUCUCCUGGGCACCCUGCACCCUCAGAUCUGUGCUCCUGCGGAUCCAUCCGUCCCCCUGACUGUUAAAAAUCACACUGAGGUUCUUCGAUGCUUCACCGUCUUGGCCUGCUCCUUCCCUGACCGCGUGCUGGCCUUCCUCCUCCCAAAGCUGGAGAGCAGCAACGAGAGGACGCGCGUGGGGACGCUGCUCAUCAUGAGGCAGAUCAUCAACAGUGCCCAGAGCGUGUCUGAGCUGCGAAGCGUGGCCCUGCCUGGAGUGCUGCCCGUGAAGAGAACGCACGGCGCUGCCAAGCACCGGGCUGCCGGUGACUCAGCUCACGCGGUCGCAGG